AUGCCGGGGUUUAAAGAUGGAAAUAUUGUGUCAAUGGAGCUAGAGAACUUCCAGACGUUCAAGAAGAUGUCUCUCGGUUUCUGCUCGUCUUUCAAUUUUAUAGCAGGGCCUAAUGGGUCUGGAAAAAGCAGCAUAGCGAAUGCGAUGGUUCUCGUGUUUGGAGGUACUCCCAAAGUGAUAGGUAGAGGCAAGACUGUGGGAGAGUACGUCAGGUUUGGGGAAAGAGAGGCGAAGAUAGAGGUGGUUGUAUGGAUUAAAGGAAAAGAAACCAGGCUGUGCAGGUGUAUAUCCAAGGAUUCCCAGAGUAAGUAUUUUGUCGAUGGGAAAUCAUAUAAAAAGACGGAGUAUGAAGAAUUUGUAGGGAGGUUUAAGAAGAACAUCGGGAAUCUGUGUCAGUUUCUUCCGCAGGAAAAAGUUUCUGAGUUUACAAGGCUUCCUCCUGAAAAUCUUCUGGUGGAAGUACUAUUAGCCGUGGGAGAAGAAGAGGUAUUGGAGUAUCUGAAGGAGCUAGAAGAUCUAGAGGCCGAGAGGGACAGAUUGGUGGAAACGCUCGAGUCAUGCACUCGAAAGAAAGAGUGUAUAGAACGAGCCAUUGAAGUAUUAGGGAGGGAUGUCGAAAAGGUUUGUGAAGAGGGGAGGAAGAGGGAAAGGAUACGGGUUAUGCGUGAAAAGCAGGAAUGGAUGCAUUACAAGCAUCACACUGAUGAAUAUGUUGCGAUCAAGAAGGCUGUAGGGUUGCUACGGAAGCAGAUUGAAGUGAAGAAUAAGGAAGUCCUGAAGAUCGAGGACAAGAUAAUAGAACUAAAGUCAUCUGAAACUUGCAAGGAAAUGGACGGUCUAUGGAGUAUUCUUAGAGAGCAUGAUACAAACCUAGUUAAAGUGGUUGAAGAGCUUCGAGACAUCCAUCAGGAAACUGAGAUGCUAGGAGUUGAUGAAGAGUCGCUCAAAAACAAGAGGGAAAAGAGGAUGACAAAUCUAGAAAGACUGAAAAAGGAGAUUUUAGAUCUUCAAGACGAAGUGUCUAAAGUGGAAAUACCUCCGCAGCCUCGGGGACCAGAUGAGGCUAGAAUCGAGGUUCUCGAGGAAAAGAUGUCUGGGCUAAUGAGAGCCCGGGGGAAAAUCCAGCACGAAUCUUCUGAGUUGAAGCGGUUAGUGGACGAUCUUAGCUUAAAAAGAAAGAAGUUCCAUGAAAUGGAUGAAAUGCGGCUCCAAAUGCUUAGAAAAUAUCAUCCAGACACGCACAGGGCUGUCUGCUGGCUGCGAGAGAACAAGCAUCGCUUCAAAGACGAAAUAGUAGAGCCCCCAUUUGUCCAGCUAAGGGUAAAAGACGCUAAGUAUGCCCUUGAGGUUGAGAACUUCCUGGGAUUUCAGUCUUUGUCCCCGUUUAUCUGUAAGUCGUCAGAGGACUUCGAGACCUUUGUUCGUAUUAUGAAAGAUGAAAAAAAGUGGAUGAUUAAUGCAAUUGAAGCCAUAAAAAUGGACGGGAAGAUGGGCAUAAAAGAAGAGGCUAUAUCUAGAGAGAUGCUGAAAGAAUUAGGGUUUGAGGGGGUAUUAAGUAACUUUAUAGAAUGCAGAGAUGAAGUCAUGAAUUACCUGGUAGUGGCAGGGCAUUUCGACUCGAUUCCUGUUUCAAAAGGAAGUGUUGACGAGAGCUUAGUGUUCAGAAAAACAAAUAUAAAAAGAAUGGCGGCUGGAGGAAGAUACAUUGAAAUCAAGAAAAGUAAGUAUGGCUCUGAGCAUGUUAUUAUCUAUAAUCCCUUAAAAUCACGGAACCUGUUCUCGCAAAACCUGUCUCUUCAAGAGCUUGGGGAGAUUGAGGAUGACCUAGCCAAGAAAAACUCAACAAGGCGGGAGAACGAAGAGAAGCUAAAGAAAGUUUUGAAGGAUUGCGAGGUUGUUGACAAAGAGCUGCAGGAGCUUUACAGAGAAAGAAGUUUGCAUAACUCUCAGGUGAUGGACAUAAAAAGAAGGGAGGCGCGAAUUCAAAUUUUGAAAGGGUCUAUGGACAGGAAAAAACUCGAGUUGGAAAUGCUUGAAGAUACAAAAGAUUUGGAUGAAGAAGAGAGAAGAAUUUAUGAAGCAAGGAGGAAGUUAGAAGACACAUGGAAAGAUAAAUGUGAUGAGCUUGACAGACAUCUAUCGGAUUCUAGAUAUUUCGAUGCAUUUUGCAAUGCAGUCAGGUUAUUUAGAGAGGUCAUGAAUGUCAAUAAGAACAUUGAAUUUUUGGAAGAAUCCAAGAAGGUGAUGGAGGAGACAAUAAGAAAAUUAGACGAAGAGGCUGCUGAAAAGAAAAAAGAAGGCUCCAUAUUGAAGAGGAAGAUAGAAGAGGGAAGGAUGCGGCUUGAAAAGAUCGAGAAAACAGAGGAGUAUGAUAAAAUAUUAGCCCAACUUCCAGAUACAAUAGACGAGCUUGACGACGAGAUAAUCAAGGAAAGGGCACAACUGAAGCUCUAUAAUGUUGAUCGUGGGGCAGUGGAGCAGUUCGAAGUUAGAGAGCAGGAUCUAAGGAGUCUCAACAAAGACAUUUCUAGACACUCUGAAGGGCUGGAGAAUAUCAAAAAAAAGGGCUCAGAUGUAAAGAACGUUCUGAUCGAAAGGAUUGAGAAAAUGGUAUGCAGCAUAGAUAAGCAGUUUAGGAGUCUCUUCAGAAGGGCUGGAGGAGAUGGGAGUGUUGUGUUUAUUAAUGAUGGCCUUGAUGCUUGUAAGUGGAGGCUUAGCAUAAUGGUCAAGUUUCGUGACAGCGAUGGCCUUGAGGUUCUAAACUCUCACAGACAGAGCGGCGGAGAGAGAUCAGUUUCGAUUAUUCUGUUUUUACUGGCCAUUCAAAGCUAUCGGCCCUCGCCAUUCCGGCUCGUAGAUGAAAUAAACCAGGGAAUGGAUAGGCACAACGAAAAGCUGGUCCACGAUAUUUUAGUUGCACUUAGCAAGGAGGGAAAUGAGCAAUUCUUCAUGAUUACACCGAAGAUAGCCCCGGGGCUGAGCUACAGCCAGAACAUGAAGGUGAUUAUUCUUUACUCCUCUCAAAGCUGUGCAGGACAAGAAGGUUUCGUAAAAUACAAGCUGAGGAUGCUUGCAUAA